AUGUCUUCAAAUAUUUUAGGUACGGUCCCUAUCUUGGUCGUUGUGACCAUACAACUUCUCCUUCUACGCAACGUUUCUUCCCAGAAUGUUACCAAUGAGUAUUUGAACCACAAUUGCAACAACACCCAAGGUAGAUACAGGGCGGGGAGUGUGUUCGAUAAGAACCUUCAGCAAGUUCUCCGUAACAUAUCUAACCACGAUCUUAGCUUUGGUUACUCCUACUCCUCCAAUGUUGUGGCUUACAAAGUCAGCAAGGAUCCUAACAUCGUCUUCGUUUUGCUCCAGUGCCGGGGUGACUCCUUUGGGCCCAAGUGCCACUCCUGCCUCAAAAUAGCUCUCUCGGGGCUUCGUGAGAGAUGUCCGGGAAACAGAGGAGCUUCGAUAUGGUACGAGCAGUGUCUUUUGGAGAUUUCUUCGGUCGAUACUGAGGGGAGGAUCCAUUACAAAAGUAUGUACUAUAUGUCAAACCCGACCAACGUGACUCACGAUCCGAAACACUUCGAAGAUAAGAGGAGGGAUCUCCUCCACAAAUUAAUGUUGGAUGCCACCAAGGAUAGCAAGGAAAAUGACGGGAAGGGACCAUUUUAUGCAGUGGGUGAGAUGAUGAUUGGAAGAAAUAAAAUGUAUGCAAUGGUGCAGUGUACGCAAGACUUAUGGCAGAACGGUUGCCAUGCCUGUCAAGAAUGGAUUGCUUCUAAGUAUGGAGAGUUCUUCUACCGUAAACCAGGAGGUAGAGUUUAUGGUAGGAGUUGUAGCUUUAGGUAUGAGCUUUACCCUUUUCUUAGAAGGUAAAAGAUUGUGAAAUGUUUAAAUAAGUACAAUGGGCGGAUAAAAAAGCUUUUCCUCUUUGUGGUUAGU